AUGUUUCCCGAAAAGAGAGACCUCUCGUAUUUCCUCCCCUUCGGCCCCGCGCCAAGCCUGAGCACCCUACCGUCCGACGCGGGACUCGGCGGGAGCCGCGAAGCCGGCGUUACAACCGGCGUAGCUGCCGGCGGUGUUGCCGGCGCCGGCACGAGCUACGGCUUCAGCGGUGCCGGCCCGGCAGGGUUUAACACCGACGCGGCGAACACAGCAGCGUCGCGGCUGUACGCGACGGGGGUAAUUGACAGUAGUAACCAGCCGGCGAAGGAUAACAACAACCAGACGAACAACAACAAUAACAACAACAGCGCGAGCGUGAGCAGCACGCGGCGAGAGUACGCAUGGCCCGGCACCGUAGCUCACGCGUUCGCCGCCAUUGCGCGCGGUCCUGCCGCUAGCCAGGUGGCGAGUGGUGAAACUUUAGCGGACGCGAUAAUCGACAUUCGCAGGGAGCUGAGUCUCAGCGAUGGUAACCCGCGGCUCGCGAAAGGCCUCGCUGAAUUCUUCGACGAGAUUCUCUCCGAGGAGGAAUCUCAGGAGUUCUUUUUCUUCACGCUGCCCGGAAUGGCCUCGCUCGCUCUCCGACUCCCGAGCCUCGAGCUUGCAGCGGCGCUAUUGGUGGGCGCGUUCUUCUGCGUGUAUCCGACGGCCGGACGCGCGCAGGAGAGACUGCCAGAGAUCAACUUCGACCGCCUCUAUGGGGGCAUAUACGAGGGCUCGCCGCAGCAACAAGAGAAGCUGCGCUGUCUGCUGCAUUACUUCCGCCGCGUCGUCUCCUCCAUGCCUCAGGGCGCCGUCUCCUAUGAGCGCAAGGUGCUGCCGCUCACUGCUGUCACACCCGCCACUGUCACACCCGCUGCGGCCGUCCCGUCAGCCCUCCACCCCUCGCCCAUGCAGAAAAGCAGCUCGAACCGAAGCUCAGGUCCGACAACAGGCUCGGAUCCGAGCCUAGCAGGGUCGUGGGGGAAGGAGGGGGAGGGAGGAGAGGGGCAGUUGCGGAGUGGGGGGGGCAGCAGGAGCUUUGGGGGGAGCUGGGGGACGCUCCCCCCUCCCCCUGGCGCGGACUUCUGGGGGACAAGGCGGAUUCCGCUCUGCGCCCUAGUGGUGCAUGAGCGUGGCACAAUAGAGGACGACGGCACGGGCUGUCUGCAGGUCGACUUCGCCAAUGCCUUUCUGGGCGGCGGGACGCUUGGCUCGGGGUGCGUGCAGGAGGAGAUUCGAUUCGUAAUCUGCCCGGAGCUCAUCGUCGGAAUGCUUUUCCUGCCCGCCAUGGAGAACAACGAGACGAUUGAGAUCGUGGGACCCGAGCGGUUCAGCAAGUACACUGGCUACGCAGCAACCUUCAAGUUCGCCGGGGAUUUCAUCGACACAGCCCCGCGGGACUCCCUGGGCCGCCGCCAGACGCGGAUAGUGGCCAUGGAUGCCCUCUCCCACGCAGCAGACCGCCAGUUCCGCAGCUCCUACCUUCUCAGGGAGACCAACAAGGCCUUCUGUGGCUUCCUAGACCAUGCUUCUGCCAGGGGGUUCGCUGGCGGGUCGAUUCUCGCGAGUAAUGACAGUAAUAGCCCGGUGUUUUUGGAGGGUACUGCGCAAAUGUCCCUGUCGCGGGAAUUUCUCAGUGGGGAGGGGGGGGCGGCGGGGGCUGUGUCAGGGUUUAAGAGAGGGGAGAGAGGGGGGAGUGGGAGUGAGGGGGAGGGGAAGGGGAGUGGUGGGGAGGAGGGAGGGAGGAGUUUGGGGGAGGGGCGGGAGGGGGAGGAGAGGAGAGGCGGGGGAGGGAAUGAGGGGAUGAUUGUUGAUGGGGGAGGGGUGGUGACGAGGAAGAGUGGCGGAGGGCGAGGAAGAGGGGAAGGGGGGGGAGGCGGGGGAGGGAGAGGAGGAAUAAGAAGCACCAGUGACAAUAACGAGGGGAGGGACAGCGAGCGGAGCAACAGUGGAAACACAAACAACAGUAGCGGAAACAACAGCAGUGGAAACAACAGCAGUGGGAACAACAGUAGCGGGAAUAACAGCACACAGAUGCAGGGCAGUAGCAGAGCCACUGCUGGCACUAGCUCUGGUUCUGACUCACGACUUGGGCGAGAAAGAGGAGUGGGAGGGCGGGACUCGAGUGAGAGUGAGAGGGUGGAGGAGGAGGAAGAGGAGGAAGAGGAGGAAGAGGAGGAGGAGGAGGAGGAGGAGGAGGAGGAGGGGUUUGUCAUGGUGGAGAGGGGUGCAGGGAGGUUGCAGGGAGUGCAGGAGGGGUGGGGGGAAGAGAGGGAAGCGGAGCAACGAGGGGGGGUUGAAUCGGUUGCUGCAGGGGCAGGUGGGCGUGUGGUGGGGGGCGGGGAGGGGAGGGAGAUGGAGGUAGAGGGGGAAGCAACCCCAAUGGAGGAGGACUAUAACGAGGACAAGCAAGCAGACGUUGAGAAGGCUAAUGAGGAUACGGAAAUGGCGGAAGCAAGGGAAGAAAAGGGUGCUGACGCACAUGGCAAGCAGGGUCAAUCUGCAAGCCAGGCGUCAGGAGAGUCACCACAGCUGGGCAGCGCCAAUAGGGCGUCUGAACAAACGCCCUCCCCCUCCCUGCCCUUUGUGCGCGCUUUUGAUGCGCCUCAAAAGGCGUCAGGAGAGUCACCACAGCUGGGUAGCGCCAAUAGGGUGUCUGAACAGACGCCCUCCCCCUCCCUGCCCUUUGUGCGCACUGAUGCCCUCAUGACCUCAGCAGGUGGGUUGGUGACGUCAGCAGGCGUUGCUGUGCCUGCGGAGGCAGCAGCAGUAGCAGCGGUGGCUGCUGGGGGAACAGCAGCGGUGGCAGCCGCAGGAGCAGCAGCGGCAGCGGCGGCAGCAGCAGCAGCAGCAGCAGCAGCAGCAGCAGCGGUGGCGAGGCCGGGUCGGCUGAGCCUGACGUCGCAGCACAACCGCAUGGGCAUAGCGACGGGCAACUGGGGGUGUGGCGUGUUUGGGGGCGAUCUGGAGGUGAAGAGCAUGCUGCAGUGGAUGGCUGCUUCUGAGGCUGGCCGUCCCUUCGUGCUCUACUUCACCUAUGCUGACCACCGUGCCGCCCGGCUCAAGGAGGUGAGGAUCCCACAACCAUCACCAUCAUCACCUGAACGAAAUAAUGUCUGA